UGUUGGAGGAAAAGAAAAAAAAAUCAGAAUCGUUGAAGGCUGCAGAAAAGAAGUGAAACCAUUAUGAGUUACCAGAAGCCUGUACUUGAGUUAAACACAAGGCCACAGCCUGGGCCAAGGAGCCCUGAAAGAGCAGAGGCUGUAACUGCAGGUGAAGACUAUGGCACACACCUACUCGAAAACCAGCUCCGUGUGGGUGACUUUGUGAAAAUACAGAGAGCCUUCGAGCCCCCAGAGCCAAGCAAAAUCACUUGUAUGUCCAGAGAAGAGUUCAUGCAAACGAUGCCAGAGGUUGUCGGUUGGGGCUCCGAGGAAGACUAUGGGAAGCUCUUUGACAGGGUGGAUGUGACCCGGGAUGGUUUCAUUAACUGGGACAAGCUGAACACUUUUAUGCUGCUAUCCCUUUAUGAGAAAGAUGAACACAUGAAGGCAACUGUGGUACCCCAGUGGAAGGAUCUUGAGUUCCUUGCAGGAAAACAUAAGGACACCAUUCAAAAUGUCGUUUUCUUAAGAAGUUUAAGCCGUUACUUGACGAUCAGCAAAGAAGGUUUAGUUGGAUUCUGGGACGAGAAUUUGAAACUGCAAGAAACAUUUCCCAUCACUUCUGAUGUCAUGAAGCUCAAACACCUGUGGGUGACAAGCCUGGUUUCCCUGGAAAAUGUAAACAAGGUAGCAGUGGCUCUCACAAGUAAAGAGAUUUGCUUCUAUGACCUGCUGUCCAGUGAAGAGUUAUCUUGUCAAUAUAAACUGCAAGGCCUGAAGGCAGCACCGAUUUGUAUGCAUUAUUGGUAUGACCCUGGAGACGCCAACACAUCUGUCCUUUCUUUUGGGGAUGUAACUGGGAAGGUGCAGGCAAUUGUUUUUACAGCAGCCUCAAUUUCUCUGUUUGAAAGUCCUGGGAAUGUGUGUGAGGAUGAAGAAGCCACAGUGAUCAUCAACUGGGCAGAGUUGCUCUCUGGAAAUCACAAAUGUUGCCACGUCCUACAGCACAAGCUUCAUCGUGGAGACUGGGUCAGGCAAGUCAUGUACAGUGCGUCUUUAGAAGCUAUCAUUUCCAGUACAACCAGCAAUGCAAGUACUGUGGUGUUGGCUUGGAGAGAGAAACCAAAAAAGGUUCUGAAAAUGACAUCCUUCAACAUUGACCAGGGCAUUCAUGCUUUUGAUUACCACUCUCGGCUCAAUUUAAUUGCAACUGCUGGCAUUAACAAUAAAGUUUGCCUCUGGAAUCCCUAUGUUGUUUCCAAGCCAGCGGGUGUCCUUUGGGGUCACUCUGCCAGCAUCAUAGCUGUGCAAUUCUUUGUUGAAAGAAAACAACUUUUCAGCUUCUCUCAGGACAAAGUUUUGAGACUCUGGGAUGUUCAACACCAGCUGUCCAUCCAGAGAAUAGCUUGUGCAUUCCCCCAAAUUCAGGAUUUCCAGUGCCUUUUUCACUUUGAUGAAGCCCGUGGUCGCCUCUUCAUCUCGUGUAAUAACCAGCUGGCAUUGUUGGCAAUGCAGAGUGAAAUCAGCAGGAGGGUGAGAAGCCACGAGAAGGCAGUCACUUGCGUUCUUUACAGUUCACUUCUGAGACAGGUAAUCAGCUCUGAUGCGGGGUCCACCGUUUCCUUUUGGAUGAUAGACACUGGGCAGAAAAUCAAACAGUUUACCAGUUGCCAUGGCAAUGCAGAAAUCAGCUCUAUGGCCCUUGAUGCAAAUGAGACCCGGCUUUUGACUGGCAGCACAGAUGGCACUAUAAAGGUGUGGGACUUCAGUGGGUUUUGCCAUCACACACUCAUUGUUGGGCAAGAUGGAGCUGUGGAGAUUUUGCAGAUCCUUGUUCUAAAGAAGACAAUACUGGUUACAGGCUGGCAGAGGUAUGGAUUUGCUUCAUUAAAGCGAAUAAAGCAAGCUAUUACUGUGUUUCGACCCCAGAACUUCAAGCAAUUUUUCAUCCAGCCAGAAGUGUGGAAAGGCGGAGUACAACAUCAGGACGACAUUCUUUGUGCUGCGUUUUCACCCCCACAAAUCCUGGCAACAGGAAGUUAUGAUGGAGAAAUUGUUCUGUGGAACAAUAGCACAGAAAAUGCUCACCAUGUCCUCCAUCCAAAGUACCAGACGCUGGUCAAAUCACAGCCAGAUUCAAAGCCUCAGAGAUGUCUCAGUGCUGGGAAUAGCUGCUCCAUCCGUCUCCAGGCAGAUCAGGCUUGCCGAGGACCCUGGUCUAUCCAGGUGGACACCGAGGGUAAUCAUGCCGUCACGAGGCUCUGCUUCCUUGAAGCACGAAAAAACAUUGCGGCAACAGGAGGAUCCAACCUGGUAUCAUGUGGAGGAUCUGGUUAUGUUAGAUUCUGGGAUACAUUUAAGAAGCAACUUCAGGCUGAAUUUGUGGCUCAUAAUGGAGUUGGACCCAUUAUUAUGUGUACUGAUAAACUAAAUCGCUACCUCACCACAGGAGAUCUGGAUGGGAGAUUGAAGAUCUGGAAUAUAGAGGAAUACUGUCUGAACUCCAGCGAGAGGAGAAUUGCAGAGGCCCCACCUCUGCUGAGAUCCUUCCAGCCACACGAGGACCGGAUUAGUUCCCUGGCCAUGUGUGAGGUGGGAGGCUGCGUGCUUGUCCUCUCGUCCUCUGCAGACGGCAGUGUUUGUGUGACUGGCAUCUGUGACACGCCUGUUUGCAUCUUUGGCCAGGCAAAACAUUGGAAUAUUGAAAACUAUCUUUUUCUUCCCGAAAGAGAUACUGAUUUAGAGGAAGGUGAUGUUCAAAAGAAAGAAGUAAGAGCAAUUCCUGUGUUUUCUAAGGAAAAGUCAUGUUUAGAGCCAAAAGAACAUUCUCCACUUAGUAAGGAAAUUACAGAUGACUCAACAUACCAACUCAGACCAUGUGAAGACAUAAAUUUAGUUAUGAACUAUAAGGAAAGAAAUAGUUAUAUGAAAAUCACGCAGGAACUCUCUUCUGGUGAGGCUGUACAGCAAGCACCCAGUGUGUUUAGACUCUUACAUGUGGGAUCCCUGAGAGAACUGCCUGUGGUGUGCAAACCCGCUUUCCUUCUGGACCCCGAGCAGUACUUCCGGGCAGAGGCACCAGACGACCAUCCCCCAUCCCCAGAGCUUCCGGCACUUUCCGAAAUUUUGAAAUCUGUAUUCGAUGAGAAAAACCUGUUCCCCAAAGACAUUCUGGAUCGUGAAAGAAAAGCCAAGCAAUUAUGUCAGGAAACCAGUUGUGAAAUGAAGAUAAGAAGAAAUAAGAAGCAACUUUAGUGGAAAAAAAUCAUUGUUUCAUAAUGUGAAUUUAUAAAAUGCUGAAAUCAUCUGGAAUGUAGUCCUUUGGUUUCAUUUUGCUUUUGGUUUCAUAGUUGCGUGGAGCUUUAGC